GUGGUGCAUCUUUCCGUUUCGUUGAAUCCUGAUCCGUAAAAAAACUAGGCUCCAUAAAACUUACCAGAUUUUGACAAACAUAGUGCAUGAGACCAAUAAUCCCUUGACAACAGCACCCUAUAAUUCUGCUUGUGUUAAUAUCCCUCCAAGAGCAAUGAACCCAUACCAGUGACCAAUGUACACUUGUGUCUUUGUAAAAACCAGGCAUUAAAUAAGCACACUGUUUCCCGUGCUGCUCAAACGCCCACCAGCUGUUUGACGCAAGUCCAUGCCACCAGUUACCUCAAGAAACCACAUCUACCAGUUGUGGGAUUAUUAAGUUGCACUUUACUUGAUUUACAGUUAGUGAGGGACCACAUCAGGGCCUUGUUUUGUUGAUUUGAACCCUUGCAAGAAUGCUCGUAAGAAAUUUACAUUGUCACAAAGUCCAUUCUCUGAGCCUAAGGUGCUUUACUUCAGGAACUCCUAAUGUACUUAAGCCUGGGGAUGUCUUGAGAAAAGCAAGGGUAUAUACUGACGAAGAUGUUCUCCAGUACUCCAAGGUGAGUUGUGAUUCGAAUCCUUUGCAUACUGAUUCUGCUGCAGCCAAAGAUGUUGGAUUUGAAGGUCCACUGGUACAUGGGAUGCUUGUGGCAUCUCUCUUUCCUCAUAUCAUCUCAUCACAUUUUCCUGGAGCUGUGUAUGUAUCUCAAAACUUGAAUUUUAAGUUCCCGGUCUAUAUUGGAGAUCAGAUUAUUGGUGAAGUGCAAGCAACUAAUCUGAGAGAAAAUAAAAAUCGAUAUCUUGCAAAGUUUAAGACAAGGUGUUUCAAGAAUGGUGACCUUCUUGUGAUUGAUGGUGAGGCUGUGGCUUUGUUACCAACCUUGACUGUAGAACAGAUUCAACACGAGAAGUGUUAAAAGAUAUUCACUGUUCUUGGCUGUUAAUCGCAAAUACCUUUUCAAAGGUAAUGUUGGUCUUGAAAUAUGUUUGUUGCUUUCUUUCUAAUGGAAGUCAUUGGGGGUUCUAAAUUCUGAUCCGCUACGCUGAACACGGACAAACAGCAGACACCAAAAAAGUUUUUGUUCUCUUUGUUAUUCCGAUAUUGUUGCCGAACAGUUAUGCUUGACUUUUUGUGUUCUUUUUUUAUCAUAUCACGCAAAAGCUCACUUCAUUGCACUGAGCUUCAAAUCAAACGGCACAAAGAGAUAUCUUAUUGAUAAUUUUUUUGGUCUUUUGUGCCAUCUAAUACUAUUGGUUUUGGAGGAAAUGUUUAAUGUAGUAACAAGUUAGAUUUUACUUUGUUUCGUGCCCA